GGAUGAUGCGUCUAGCGUGUUGCACGGCCCUGCUGUUCGUGCUGAGGCUGCUGGUGGGCCUGCCGUGGUACCAGGUUCUCCCGGCCAUCUCUAUUUUCUACCUGGGAAGUGGAGGAUGGAGCUUCCUGCAGAUAUUUGCCAAAACAGUCGGCAGAGACUUACAUGCUGCGUUUGUGUUGUUGCGGGUGAAGACGAACGUCAGACGCCACCUCAAAGAGAAGAACACCAUUCCCAAGAUCUUCGCCGAAACGGUGCGUCGCCACGGGGACAAAACGGCGCUGAUCUUCGAGGGAACUGGAGAGAGAUGGACCUUCAGACAGCUGGAUGAGUACUCCAACAGAGUGGCCAACAUGCUGCUGGAACGGGGUUUCCGGGAGGGCGAUGUGGUAGCCCUUUUCAUGGAGAACAGGUCCCAGUACGUGGGCCUCUGGCUGGGCAUGGCCAAGAUCGGAGUAGAGGCCGCUCUCAUCAACUUCAAUUUAAGACUGGAGGCCUUGGUCCACUGUGUCACUAUCUCCAACGCCAAGGCUGUGGUGUUUGGCUCAGAGCUGACUGACGCCAUGUCAGAGGUCCACAGUUCAAUGGGGACCAAAGUGCAGAUGUUUUGCUGUGGUGACUUGGACCCCAAACGAGUCCCACAGGGAACCGAGUGCCUGGAGCCCCUGCUGGACAGUGCCCCGUCUCAUCUGCCAAGCCGUCCACAGCGCUGCUUCACCGAUCGCCUGUUCUACAUCUACACGUCGGGCACCACUGGGAUGCCUAAAGCUGCUAUCGUUGUGCACAGCAGGUACUACCGCAUGGCAGCCUUGGUAUACUAUGGCUUUAGGAUGACAUCUGAUGAUGUGUUGUAUGAUUGCCUUCCGCUCUACCACUCUGCAGGUAACAUUGUGGGAGUGGGCCAGUGUUUAAUACACGGCAUGACUGUAGUCAUCAGAAAGAAGUUCUCCGCUUCACGAUUCUGGGACGACUGCGUCAAAUACAACUGCACUAUUGUGCAGUACAUCGGAGAGAUCUGCAGGUACCUGUUGAACCAGCCCAUUAGGGACACGGAGAGGCAGCACCGGGUGCGCAUGGCCCUGGGCAACGGUCUGCGGCAGUCCAUAUGGGAGGAGUUCAUGAACCGCUUUAACAUCCCACAGAUCGCGGAGUUCUACGGAGCCACAGAGUGCAACUGCAGCCUGGGCAACUUUGACAACAAGGUUGGAGCAUGUGGCUUCAACAGUCAGAUUCUGCCUUUCAUCUACCCGAUCAGACUGGUGAGGGUCGAUGAGGAGACCAUGGAGCUCAUUAGGGGACCCGACGGUGUCUGUAUUCCGUGUAAACCCGGCGAGCCCGGCCAGCUUGUCGGCAGGAUCAUUCAGAAUGACCCUCUUCGGAGGUUUGAUGGCUACGUCAACCAAUCAGCAACCAGCAAGAAGAUUGCCCAUAAUGUCUUCAAGAAAGGAGACACUGCCUAUCUCUCUGGCGAUGUGCUGAUCAUGGACGAUUGCGGCAGCAUGUUCUUCAAGGACCGCACCGGAGACACUUUCCGCUGGAAAGGAGAGAACGUCUCGACGACCGAGGUGGAGGGGACUCUCAGCAGGCUGCUGGACAUGAAAGAUGUGGUGGUGUAUGGCGUUGAAGUACCAGGAGCUGAGGGAAAGGCUGGAAUGGCAGCCAUCGCUGAUCCUUCUCACUCCACCGACCUGGAGAAGUUCGUGAAGGAUAUGGAAAAGGCUCUGCCUCCGUAUGCAAGACCAGUAUUCCUCCGCUUCCUGCCAGAGGUCAACAAGACAGGAACGUUUAAGUUUCAGAAGACGGACUUGCGCCGGGACAGCUUUGAUCCCACUGCAGUGUCUGACAGACUGUACUUCCUGGAUUCCAGCAGAGGGCGCUAUGCUCAGCUGGACGAGGAGCUUUACCGCUCCAUACUGACAGGGAAACAUAAAUUGUGAUGACCAGGCUGAACACUACAUGUAAAAAAAAAAAAAAAAAAGAAAAAAAAAAACACCCAGACACACACACACUUAUUCAAACAGAUACAGAAAAGAAGAAAAUACUGGAUGACCAGGAAUGAAGGACCAUGUCCCGAUAAACAUGAAUGCAUACAAAGUAAUAGCCAUACAUACACUCCAAAUGCCAACACAUUAACAAACAUUUAUAAACCUACAAUCACACCUACACAUUAUAGUCAUACAACCACGUCGCUCUUUAAAAUCUCUCAAAUCAGACUUAUGCACGCCACACACACACACACACACACACACACACACACACACACACACACACACACACACACACACACACACACACACACACACACACACACACAGCACCACUCCAUCCGUCCCGCCUGAUGUCCCCCCCUUGGCAACUCCUCUCGCUACCUCAGCAAACACAGAGAGAGUCACACACCUGGUCUGUUUGGUAACUUGAACUCCAACACUUCAUAGCCACACAAUCCCCCCCCCCCCCCCCUCCGCGCACACACCGGCCUCGAACAACCACCCAGGUGGUGUACGGGGCUGCCUGGCGUAAAGAAUGCAAAAAAAAAAAAAAGACAGAUAACCACAGACUCGCAGUGUGCUGAGGACGAGCAUGGAUUCAGCACAAAAAAAAGUGUUUGGGACAACAGAGGGGCCGAAGCUUCUCUCGGUUCUUUGAUUUAUCAGGAAGAUUGUUGUGUGAAAGACUGCAGCCUCCGCCGUGGACUCCACCUGCACUGUUAGCCAGCAGUGACACUCUCCUGUCUGUGUCUGAGGUUAACAUUGCUUUUUAAGUGUUUUUCUUUUUUCUUUUUUUCCCAAAAGGGAACAAGGUAAAGGUUGUGAGGGAUUUCAAUUAGACCAGUGGUUGAAGCUGAAAGAUUCACAGAAGUGCAAUAGUGCUCCAGCGUAAGGCAGUGCAAUAAUCAGCAGCACCACAUGAGCGCUGAUAUAAAACAAAAGCUUCUCAUUUAAAUAUGUCUGCAUCACACCAAAUAUAUUUAAGUUGUAGUAGUGUCUGUUUACAUAUUUAAGGAAAUAUGAAACUCUUAGUGAUUUAUGAUGUUGUGAAAGCUUUCUCUUCUGACUAUCGAGUUAUUUUUGCUUUAUGUUUAUCCAGAUGCAUCCACCAGAAGCACUUCUUAAAAGAAGCUGCAGUGCACAUUUUAUAUCAGCUGCUGGAACACAAAGUCAAGUGAUCUGAUUGGUUCAACCCUGGGCUAAAUACAUCUGGGGUUUUUUUUUUUUUGUUUGUUUUUUUCACACAGACACAGGACAUUUUCACACACUGAGCUGACAGGCAAUCUGCAGGUUUUGUUCCUAAAAAGACACCUGUCUUAGGAUGUGUGCAUUUUUUUCUCCCUGAAACACAAAAAGAAGAAGAAGAAGAAGAGAACCUGGAACGAAGACAGAGACGCACCAAAUCCUCCUGAUAGACAAAACCCUGUGUUUCCAUCAAUCUUCUGGUGCUAAAGAGGGUUUUCAAGUGAGCCGAAAGAUCCAAAGAUACAAAGGCGGGAGUGGAGACGUGUGUGAAAAAAAGUAGAAGAGAAAAUGUGCUUUGUCAUCUAUGUUUUUUUUUUUUUUUUCUGUCGUCGUCGUCUGAGGUUGUAUAGCAGCAUGAAUGAGCAUCACCAACCACAAGCAGAGCACUGUGCCUUACUGUGAGUUCAGCUCCCAGACUCACAGGCCCUGGCCACCAAAAUAGUCUCUCAAAGGGUCCCUUAUGUCUGACUCAACUUCACUCAUUUCCUUUAUUUCAACCUACUGUAAUCUGCUCUGUCGCUUACAAGUUCCCUGUCAAAGAAGUGUUCGCAAAGUCCGUCGAAUUCUGAAAAUCCUCUUUUAAGAAUCUAUGGCUGUCCGGCCAGGUGCAAGAAGAGGCUAGAUGUUUUUUUUUUUUUUUUUUUUUUUAAAUCAGUCUGUCUUCCCCUCUUCCUUACUCUAACCAUGAUUUGUCUUUAACCGUCUUUUCAGUCACGUGUUGUCUCUUUGGUUGUCGUCAGUAAAGUUCCUAUUCGCUCAGCACCUUUUAUGUGAAGCCUUUUUUCACUCUGCCAAGCACUCGUGUCGUUCUGAUUCAUCAUGUCUAACCUCUUCUUUGUCUACAGAUCGCCCUCCCUUCAAGACCUUAGUUUCAUCCUCACUGUCUCUGCUCAAACUCGCCCUGUCUGCUUCAUUCUGAUAAUGGUACAAACUGUAGAUCCAUUCUUUUCCCAAUUGGAGUUUGAUUUGUGGGCUGAUGGAGGUUUCUUUCAUCCACCAGGUGACACAAAAUCUCCAACGAAACACUCUGUAAACAUGUUCUCUGAACCCUUUUACUGAUAUGUGUCUUGUAUAGUCUGCCAUUCCCCCCUGUGACUUCUCUCCUUCGACCUCUUUCUCAGUCGCCUCAACACAGCCGGUCUGACUGUUGCUUACAUUGUGUAACGGGUUAUAUGAAGACUGGCUGUAUUGAGAGGACGCAUUCAUUUACAUGUUUAUUUCUUUCCCCCUUGUGGCGAUGCUUAGGCUGCUUUGUUUCCUGCAGAAUGAUUCUCAGCAGGGUCAAAAUGCAUGAUUCGUACUCUGCGGUCGAAAAAAUUGACGUUUGAUAGAAAAGGAAAUUCGUGGCUGCUUCCUCUAUGGUUUUAGUUCAAAAAGUCUCUCUCACUUUGUAUUCAUUCUUUAAUGAUGAGUGUGAAAUGUUCCUCAUGAAUGUCUGAAGAAACAAAAUGAGUGACCAAUGAUGAUGAUGAUGAUGAUGUUGUAACGUUACAUGUGUAUCUAAGGGAACAGUCUGGCUGGUAUGAUGCUUUGAGCCUGAGGGUUUCACUCGCUGACCCCUGUCUGAACAGCCGCACAGCAGAGCACUCUGAAAAAGAUGUUUCCAUUUUACUCUUUUUUUUUAAAAUUGGGUUUAAAUUAUUAUUUUUGAAAGAACUGUUAAUUAUGCUUUGUGUGUUUCACUGCUGAAUAUGUUUGCUUUGUUUUUUUUGUUUUUUGUCUGGAUUCAUAGCUUUGUGAUUUUUGGUUUUAAAAGGGGAUACAUGCAUGAGUGUAAGACAAUCGAAUGGCAAUGUGUUUUUUUUUGGGGGGGGGGGGGGUUCUUUAAAAAAAAAAAAAAAAAAGAAGGCACUAGGAACCAGCCAGAGAGCAACAUUUUCUGGAUCACGCUGUUGUAAAUGGUGGAGGUGGUUUACAUGUUACCAAAAAUAGAUGGCAAAACUAAACGCAGCGGAUGCCAUGAAAAACAUGUCAGUUUCUUCAGGACUGUGUUGAUAUUUUGAGACAUUUGUUUGACCAAAGGGGGGCGCUGUGACCUCAGCAACAGUUCUUCAGAAAGUCAGAAUGCCACAUAUAUACACAUAUACCAUCAUUUAUCAAGCCGUCUCUGGACCUAAUGGGUAGAAUUGAAAGAACUGUGGAUUGGAAUUUAUUGUUGAAAAUUAAAUUUUCUAUCAUAUGUUUCACAGCUAUCUCUGCAGGAAAAAGACAAAAACAAGAAUGUCACCUUAAAUGUCUAGUUCAGAUUAUACAGCUGUCAUUGCACACCAGGCACAUAUCAGACGCCCUGGCUAAACAAUUAUGCUUGCUCACAUUUCUGUCUCUGACUGUCCUUCAUGCCUCUGAUCAACAGUUCUGCUUUUUUUUUUGUGUGCAAUUUGUGUUUGUCGGUUUUUUUCCCUGCCGUGCUCCUCAGGAACAUCCAGCAGUGCUAGAGAAGGAAACAAGUUUGUACACGUCUGCCUAUGUGAGUGAAAGGUUGUUGUUGUUUUUUUUUAUUAUUAUUAUUAUUUCUAUUUAAUUUAAUGGUCUCGUUGCACAGGCGGCAGCUUUCAGCUCUUGCAGAGUGUUUAGGGGAGGUCUGUGAGGUGUGCACACACUGAUGCCCUCUUGUCCACUGAAGGCUCGCUGUAUACGUCGUGCAUUUCAAAAGAAUGAGAUAAAUGCAGUGCUGCAAAGAAUCAUUAUUAAUAAAAACUAUUUAAAUUGCUCA